CGCGGGAGCGCGCUUUCCGUGUCUGGUUAGCGGACUGACAGCCAGCUGUGCAGCUACAACGACAACAACAACCUCCUGGAUUUGAUACGUACAGCAAGAUUAGUGUUGGUCGGCCACUGAUCGUAAUCGUACACUAUAGCCAGUUUUUGAAGUGAGUACUCGACAGCACAGAGCUACAAACCAGUAUCAUCGGCGGUUUCCGUGCUAACUAGCUAGAAGAGCAUUCCUCCAACAUGAAUCCGUUAUGUGGCAGAUGUAAUCUAGUCGUUUACCCCACGGAAAAAGUGAAUUGUCUGGACAAGUACUGGCAUAAAGGAUGCUUCAGCUGCGAGGUCUGCAAAAUGACUCUAAACAUGAAGAACUACAAAGGCUUCGAGAAGAGACCAUACUGCAAUGCACACUACCCCAGGACAAACUUCACCUGUGUGGCUGACACUCCAGAGAACCUCCGCCUCAAACAUCAGAGCAAGAUGCAGAGCCAGGUUCUCUACAAGGAGGAUUUUGAGAAGAAUAAAGGGAAAGGUUUCAGCGUGGUCACAGACACGCCAGAGUUGCAGAGAAUUAAGAAAACGCAGGAACAAAUCAGCAAUAUUAGGUACCAUGAGGAGUUUGAGAAGAGGAAGACAGGAGGAGAGGCCCCACAUCAUCAGCCGAGCAACCCCAGCCCAGCUUACCAGCAGCCUGCAGCCUCUCAGAACUUCCACUAUGAGCCCACUCCUGAACCAGUGCGCCAGGCGGCUGCUGCCCCUCCUCCUAGUGCUGGGAAGCGGUACAGGGCCGUGUAUGACUACUCUGCCGCCGAUGAGGACGAGGUGUCCUUCCAGGAUGGCGAUGUGAUCGUAGAUGUGCAGCAGAUCGACGAGGGCUGGAUGUACGGCCGUGUGGAGCGCACCGGCCAGCAGGGCAUGCUGCCCGCCAACUACGUGGAGGCCAUCUGAGUGAGAGGGAAAGAAAAAGGAGGAGGAGGAGGAGGUAGAGAAAGGGAGGGAAAGAAGGAAAGGAAAAGCCCAGUGCCAUCUCAUCUUAACGCCGCUUUCUCUUGAUUUUACUCUUGUUCCCUAACCUGUCCUGUGAGACCCUGAACCCCCAGCCCCCAUCUUCUGCAUCCCUGCUCUGCUCUCACUGUUCAGCUCCACCACAGAAACCCUCUAUCUGUCUGUCUGUCUGUCCGCCUGCCUCUCUGUCGGUCUGUCUGUGCUGAUGUCUGUCUCCGUUUGGAUAUUUGUCAUCCUCUUUAUCUUCCCCUAGCCCCGGCUCCACUCUCGUGCUGGAAAUCAAAAAGUCUUAAAAGAUAAACUCACGGUUCAUCGCAGUAUGUCAGGGGUCACACCGCGUCACACAGCUCCAUCCUAGCUAUAGCACUUAACAGUCCUGACGCAAAAGCAGAGAAGAAAAUGUUUUUUAAAAAAGACCCUUUUCCCCACGAGUCAGUCAACGCAGCUGCAGACGUCGUUCUGUGGAGAACAGAAGUUUGAAGUGUGGGUGGGGGUUGCAUUUUCCUCAAUUUUGUUAGCUUAAACUUUGCAGCGUGAUCUUGGCCAGACUGGAAACACAGUGUGGAAUCUCAUCAGAACUAAGCUUGAAUAUUUUGGACUUGUGCACAUUCCUUUAACCUCUAACCCUGUCGCUGUUGCACCAAUUAGCCAGUCGUCGGUCUUUAACGGAGAGGUUUUUAACACAUGUAUAGCUGCAGGCGCACAUCUCGCCGGUGUGCUCUUGAGAAGGCGCCCUCGCGUGCCGCACUGCGUCGUGGGUAUCGUUGUGAAACUGGAAUCGUAGCCUAACUGAAGAGCACCUCCUGUCGUUGCCUUUCCCGGGCGUGCCGGAUACAGGAGGGAUCAGGGACAAGUUAGGGGACAUUAUCAGUCCAUCUCUUGCAGCCACACUGAAUACAUCGCCUCAGUUGGUGUGGGUGUUCAGCACAUACACCCUUUUUCCUGUUUUUUGCAGCCUGAAUGCCUUCAGUCCUGAGAGAAUCACAAAGUUGUGGUGAUAAAAAUUUAACUGUUUGGAAAGAGAAGGUGGGAACAGGUGAAGCCCCUCCCGCUUCCUGCUGCAAAAUCACCAUCAAAGAAAACCCAUUGUUAAAAGAAAAGGCCAAGCACAAAUCUGUAUUGUGAAUCUUUAUUUUAGAUGUUUUUGUGAGUGAACAUUCCAGUCUUUCCUCUUUUUUUUCCAUUUAAUGUGAGAGACCUUGAUGAAUCCUCGGCUGUGUUAAAUGUUGUCGUCUUUCUCAUGCUGUUCUUCUUUUGCCUUUCUCGUUGUUGUAAGAUGUUUAUUUUCAAAAACAAAAAAAAAGAAGUGUAUUAAAUAAAAAAAAAAACCAGCAACCCAAUUCAUGAACCAAGGCAGGAGAGUUUAUCGAGACGCGUGCAGUCACAGUAUUAGAUCGGUCGUGGGAUUAAACUGAAACCUGCAGUUUCAGGUCAGGACGGCCUGUUUCUGAUCAGUGGGUCUCUCUUUGGUUUAAUAUCCUGGAGCUUCUAAGAAAGUAACCUAAAAGAACAGAUUUAUUUCAUGCUCCGGUCACCCACAAAGCAGGCUUGUCAUCUCUUAGUCACAUCCAAGCACCGAUGCAAGACAGGAAGCUUUUCUCUGGCAGGUGAAUCCCAAAGUUGUCGACUAUUUUUGAUAUUUGACCCACGAAUCAGCCAAAAUGUACCAACAUUUGGUUGGCGGUGGGUCACUAAGAUGUAAACAAGGUUGGUUCAUAAGACAAAAUCAAGCAUUUAAGUUGCUGGCUAUUACACAGAAAUGCUGUAUCAUUCCUUCACUCAAGAUAGUGUAUUUCUGUGAGGACCUUAUUAGAUUUUCAACAUGAUAUUGGACCAUUUCUCAGUGGUGUAAAUAAUCUCAUUGGCCCCUGACCAUACACACAUCUUCCCUUUUUCUUGCUGUGAUGCACUGUGACUGUCACAGACCUGAGCGAUUCCGGCCGGUGUGCUUUCAGGUGGGGGUGGGGAGUGGGCCGAAACAUGUUCAACUUUAUUAAAAGAAACACGGCUCUCACUAUGUAGCUAGACGACAUUGUACAAUUGUAUAUGUAUCAUAAAGGUAAGUUAGCGGACAUGUUUUUACAGGUCAUGGUGCUCUGGGAAGUGGCUCGCCUGCAGAUAAAAAAAAAAAGUGGUUCAUAUUUUUUUUGUGAAUGCGUCUGAGGGGAAGUGAUGAUUUUUACGAAGUCGACUUCUGGGAAAAUCCAGUUUGUCGCAAGUCGGUGUCGAGCAUUCAUAAAAUUGUGCAAGUUUCAUGUGAGGAAUGGUGACAGCGGUGGUGAAAACCGUCACGGGAUCAGCAAGAAAAUACACCUCAAACUGGAUUCUAGGUUGCCAAACAGAACGAAUGAACACACUGUGUGCAUGCCUGUAUUUUGCAUUAGCCUCUGCUUGACAGCAGUUUAUUUGCAAAACAGACGCGAGCUCGGAGAGCUGUUAAAGAGCUCACGGUUGUGUUUCUCUUGGGUAAACUGACGAGUUGAUGGUUGGCUUGAAGUGGAGCGAUUGUUGUUCUUGGCUCUUGAUGAUGUUUGCUUAAAUUUAAUUUAAUCAUGAAGCUACUCGCGCUGGCGGCCUCCACGACUCUGCAGCCAGUCCGAACUUUCUUUUUAUCUUGAGGGUGUUCAUUUUGUCGCUUGGUGUUGCGGAUGAAACGAAAAAGUGGCCAAAGACAGCCAGUGUUGUGUAGGUGUGGCUCAGGAUGGAUUUGUUGAGGGCAACGUCAAAUUUGAGCGUGAUGAUGUAAGUGUGCGAGGCCCGGGCAGGGGCCGGGCCGUGAGGCGGGGCAAGUCGUUUGUCUGACCUGGAUGUUAGUGAGGAGUUCGACUCUUUGCGCCAAAUGCCGCUCCUCUGCUCUGGCAUCACUCAUCUACUGAACCAUAACAUCAUAUCAUAACCCUGUCUCCACUCAGUUUCUGUCUAGUAUCCUGUCCACCAGUCUUUCCUUCAGCCUCCAUUGUAGGCUCCUGCGCUUCAAUGAAUCAUUCCCUGCUUCUAUGAUAAAGGUUAUAUACUGUAGACUUUGCAGAGUGAAUUCAUGUAAUCCACAAUCGGGUUUAGCAUUCAGACCAGUUUUGUGCAUUUCAUUUUAAAUUGUUUUGCUUUUGAUAUAAUUUUGUUAUUUUUUAAAUAAAAAAAUAAAGAUACCAUAUGCAUAUUGACAUACAUGUGUAUUCAAACUCAUUCUGAAUACAUACUCAGAAUUAAGGACCUGAUAUCAUUUCCUGUUGCCCUGUUACAGCACUUCAAAUUGUACUUAUGAUUCUGCAGAUUCAAUAAAAUGUCAUUUUUUUUCUCA